CAUAGUGCGAGUGGGCCAGGCCAGGCCAUGCCGGGGCCCCCCCGCUGAGCCCGGUCCUGGGGUCAGCGAGGUGUUUCCAUCAACCAGUUCUGCAAGGAGUUCAACGAGAAGAUGAAGGACAUCAAAGAAGGCAUCCCUCUGCCCACCAAGAUCUUUGUGAAGCCUGACAGGACGUUUGAAAUCAAGAUAGGACAACCCACUGCGACCUACUGCCUAAAGGCAGCUGCCGGGAUUGAAAAAGGGGCCCGGCAGACAGGGAAGGAGGUGGCAGGCCUGCUGUCCUUGAAGCACGUGUAUGAGAUCGCUUGUGUUAAAGCUCAGGACAACUCCUUCACCCUGCGGGACAUGCCCCUGGCCGCUGUUGUCCGCUCCCUCAUCGGCUCUGCUCGCACCCUGGGCAUUUGCGUGGUGAAGAAUCUCAGUGUGGAAGAGCUGGCCGCUUUCCAGAAGGAGCGAGCCGUAUUCUUGGUGGCUCAGAAAGAGGCCGAUUUGGUAGUUCAGGCCGAAGCUGCCAAGAAGUGACCCCUGGCCUGCACACUCCAGAAAUUUGAAGGGAGCCACUGGAAAGGCUGUGCUGAAGGGGAGAGGGGGAGAUGACACCAACCUGAUCAUUAUCGCCCUGACUUUAGAUUAUGUAUUUUUACACCUAUGGAUGUAUCACAGGAUUCAGCCUAAAUAAACAUCUUUGACACACA